UGAGCAAUCCUCUAUCUACCGCUCUGAUACUAUGGACACUGCUAAGCUCUGGGUUACGUUGCUCUGUGUUUGUGGCAGCUGGAUUUUGAGUCUGGCUAUAAACUGUGACUGGAUCACCGAGUAUGAAUUUGAAAAUAGAUGUUGUAAAGCCUGCCCUUCAGGUCAGUAUCCCAAAGUGCCAUGUCAAGGGAACAACAAAGGCAGUGUGUGUGAGGAAUGUUCACCAAAACUUGCUUCAGCUAUGGACAGAUGUUUCUGCAAUAAUAAUCAUUUAUGCAUGAAUGAUAAAUGUAACAUUUGUGAGCCCAGACCAAGAUGUAAACCUGGACAUCAGCUGAAUAGAUCUGGUGAAUUUGAUUACUCUUUCAUUUGUGAGCCAUGUCCAGAGAACACUUACAAUGAUGCCGAGGACAGCAUGUGUAAAUCCAUUACAAAGUGUGAAGGUGUUGGUAAGAUCUUCCCUGGAAACCAGACCCACAAUGCAAGAUGUACCCCUUCUGUUGUUCCAAACAAUUCAUCAGUUACAACUGACCCAGGCAAACAAGAAAACAAGAUCCAGUCUACUCAUUCCUUCAUGGUGGCCUGUUUAACAGUCACAGUGUUGACCUGCCUGGUUUUUAUCAUAUAUACUGCUUUUCAAAUUUUCAAAUACAAGAUGCUCAUAAAAUUAAGAAAAAAACCGUGCAGACAUGUAUUGCCCUCAGAUAGUUGCAAACUAUCCAAGGAAGAAAAGGGUGAGGAAUGUGACUUCAAGACAGAGGUAUCUGAAGAAUAUAGCAAGAGUGAUAUCUACGGCAUUCAUUGAAUGUUCUCCGCAUGUGAUGUGAAGAACAUCCAAUGAAACAGACUUUCUUCAACUGACUGGAUUGCAUUUGCAAUAUAACAUCUGUAAAAAGCUUUUGAUGAAUCAUAAUGCAGCUUUAAAGUUCAUGUUGGUGGUCUCUUUGCAUGUGGAGGCAGUAGUUUGUUAUUUUGUAUUUAUCUGCACAAAGGUCUUAUCACUUCAGUUUAAAAAAAGAUUAACAUGAGGAGAUAACAGCAAAAGGUGACGUUUGUAAAUGAAAUAUUUGCUCUCUGAAGAUGAGUUAUGCAAGAGGAUAUUUCCUGUUUAUCUUUAUCUUGUAUGUGUUAAAACCAUUAAAGGUCAGAAAGAGCACAGGACAGUUAGUGAAUUAUGCAUUUAACCUUCUGGUGUUGUUUGUGCAUUUUAGACCCGAAAAAAAGUUUUGGAAUUUAAAAAAUCGAGAAAUGUCUUUCUCCAUGAUCAGGUUUGACUAGUAAAAUGAAUGCAAAAUUUAAUAAAAUUUAAAAAAAUCUAGAAAAUCUAAACCUUGACAAAAAGUAGUCUUUGAGAAUGUCUAAAUAUAUAUUGAAAUCCACAACUUAAUAAAAAUAAGUAUUUAUGUCUAAAAACAACUAGACAUUUAUAAGGCUUUUAAUAUAGAAGCUAUGUAGGAAUCUAGUGGUUACACCAUGGCAUUACAGAGGUUUUUCUUUUUUUUACUCCCACCAGACGGCACUAAUCAGCCUUCAAAAAUUGGAUUUUAAAGGCAUAGUCUCUAUUUUAACAUGAAAUACAGCUUUAAUUGUAAAGUAAUUAAAAACAUUUUUGUAUUAUUUUCAAUGUGAAAAAUUAUCAUAAUUAUUGCAUAAAUAUUAAUUAGUACUAUGAAAUUCUUUCAAAAUACAAAAGAAAAAAGAAAAACAUAUUACUCAACAAAAGUAUAUUACAGUAUAUUACAGAUUUUACUGAAAAAAAAAGGUUUCAGGUCAAUUUUGACUGUGAACAACACAAGUGUGACCCCAAAUAAACAAUACCAGAGGGUUAAGCAACUUAUAUAGUUAAACAUUACAAUAUAUAUAUAUAUAUAUAUAUAUAUAUAUAUAUAUAUAUAUAUAUAUAUAUAUAUAUAUUUUUUUUUUUUUUUUUUUUUUUUUUUUUUUUUUUUUCAAAUUUUUUCUUUUGGGUUGUGGAAAUUAACAGAGAAAUAUGUCUUAAAUAUAGCAUCUAAUACUUCAUGUUUGUCUUAUUGUGUUGCUGUUCUUCUGAUCACAUGUGUGAACUAUGGCAAGGGUAGUUUGUUCUCUGUCUGCUUGUACAGCUAUUUCUGCUUUAAUUUAGGACAGUUGUAUCACAUCUAUUUUGACUAUAUUUGACUGUCAAGCACAUCUAUUAUUCAUUAUUCAUAUUUAUUGUCAAUAUGCACCACAUUCUACAGAUAAAAUCCAUCACUUAUCCGAUAACUUAAACAAAACUCUAGUCGUCUUGUUGUUGUAUAUUAUGUUUGAACUAUGUUUUUAAAAGAGUGGAAAUAUUUUGUCCAAUUUUCUGAUUAGCAGAAGUGUUAUUUCGCAUUUGUACUAUCAGUGGAUAUGCUAACAGAUGUAUGUAUUUUUGUGAAAAUAAGUGUUUCACCACAAUUUUGUCUAUAAUAGACUACAUCAUAUUUACAGUUAUUAAAUCGAUUUAUGUCCAUGGUCAUCAGUCAAUAAAGUUGUACCUUUGUA